AGCUUUAUCGCAUUAUCCUUGUGUUGCUCCAGUAUUAAUAUAGUAUUUAUUUUGUCAUGUUCUGCUGCAGUAGAUAGAGUAUAUAUAAAUCAACCAAUCAAAGAUGGCAACACCAUUGUUUCAGAUGGCGAGACGUAUGAACUGGGGUUUUUUAGCCCCGGAAAGUCAAAGAAUCUAUACCUGGGGAUAUGGUACAAACAGAUAUCAACCUUUACCGUUGUAUGGGUUGCUAACAGGGAGACACCAAUAAGCGAUGCAUCUGGCGUCUUUCAAGUCAGUAGAGAAGGAGCCUUGCUGAUUCUCAGUGGUGGUAAUAGUCAUAAUGUCAUCUGGUCAUCCAAUUUGACAUCGGUCUAUGCCAGGAAUAUGAAUCCUGUGGCACAGCUUUUGGACAAUGGAAAUCUUGUGGUGUGGGAUGAAAGUAGCACCAAAGAAAGUCCAAUAUGGCAGAGUUUUGACUAUCCUGGUAACACUUUGUCACCAGGAGUGAAGUUGGGGAAGGAUUUGAUAACAGGAAGAGAGAGGUUCUUAACAUCUUGGAAGAGCCCUGAUGAUCCUUCUGUAGGUCGGUAUAAAGUCUGGAUGGACACAAAUGGAUAUCCACAGGUAUUUGUGGGAGCAGGUCAAGGUGAAACCUUAAGGGUUGGACCAUGGACCGGUCUUGGGUUUCAAGGCGUUCCUGUGGAAAACAUGGAUCUAAUUUACUCCACAGAAUUUGUUGUUAAUCAGAAAGAAAUAUAUUAUAGCUAUAAAGUUAAAAGUACAACUACUUCGUGGCUUAUUUUGGUGUGGGAUGGCAUGGCACAACGGUUGCAAUGGAUCAAGCGAACACAAAAAUGGGUCGUGUAUGCAAAUGUAGUGGUUGAUGCUUGUAGUCGUUAUGGAGCUUGUGGUCCCUUUGGAAGCUGCAGCAUGAAAAGUUAUCUCCCUUGCAGUUGUUUGGAAGGUUUUGAGCCAAAAGUCCAAGAAGAAUGGAAAGCAGGGGAUUGGUCAAGUGGAUGUCAACGUAAAAAGCCAUUGGAUUGUAAGACUCCGGAUUUCUUCCAUAAAAUUUCAGGAGUCAUUUUUCCAGACACACAACGGUCAUGGUACAACAAGAGCAUGUCCCUUGAAGAAUGUGAGAUGGCCUGCAGAAGGGAUUGUAAUUGUACUGCUUAUGCUAAUUUAGAUAUCAGAAAUGGGGGAAGUGGAUGUUUGCUAUGGUUUAAUGAGCUGAUGGACAUUAGAGAAUAUGAUGAGCAUCAAGAACUGUACAUAAGAAUGGCAACCUCUGAGUUAGCAGAAAAAGGCCAAUUCAGCUUCAACAAGAAGAAGGCAGUACUCGCGUUAGUGCUGUCAGUAUUGUCAGCUGCAAUGCUUCUGUCCACAUUGGCAUAUGCAUGUAGAAAGAAGUUUAAAAGGCUUAAUAAAAAGGGACGAGGAAGCAGGGAACAUACCUUUGAUAAAGAUCAAGUAAACCUUGAUGAAGUACCUUUUUUUAGCUUGCAGAAAAUAGUCAAGUCCACCAAUAACUUUAACAUUGAUAAUAAGAUUGGGGAAGGUGGUUUUGGUCCCGUUUACAAGGGUGUGUUGGAAAAUGGGCAAAUAAUUGCUGUAAAGCGUCUCUCAGAAACAUCCAAACAAGGACUUGAUGAAUUCCAAAAUGAAGUCAUUUGUAUCCCCAAACUGCAGCAUCGGAAUCUUGUGAAGCUCCUUGGAUACUGCAUUCAUGGAAAUGAAAGGAUCCUAAUUUAUGAAUACAUGGAUAACAAAAGCUUGGACUCAUUUUUAUUUGAUGAAAACAGAGGUUCAUUACUUGACUGGCCUCGACGCUUUCACAUUAUCCAUGGUAUAGCUCGGGGUGUUCUUUAUCUACAUCAAGAUUCCCUCCUUCAAAUUAUCCAUAGAGAUCUCAAGGCAUGUAAUAUCUUGUUGGACAGUGAAAUGAAUCCAAAAAUAUCAGACUUUGGCCUUGCUCGAAAGUUUGUAGGACAGGAUGCCAUGGCUAAGACAAAGAAGGUGGUCGGAACACAUGGUUACAUUUCUCCUGAGUACGCGGUACAUGGGCGUUUCUCUAUAAAGUCAGAUGUAUUUAGCUUUGGUGUCGUUGUGCUGGAGAUUGUGAGUGGGAAGAAAAACAGAGGAUUCUCUCAUGAGGCUCAUAGUGAUAACCUUCUUGGACAUGCAUGGAGACUACAUAAAGAAGAUAAGUCCAUUGAACUCAUGAGUGCAUCUUUACGCAACUCUUGUGUCGUGUCUGAAGUAUUACGAUCAAUUCAUGUUGGAUUAUUGUGUGUACAACAUCAUGCAGAAGAUAGGCCAACUAUGUUGUCAGUAGUUCUGAUGCUGAUUAGUGAGGGGGCACUGCCUCCACCCAAACAACCAGCUUUUUUCACCGAAGAAAGUUACCAUGAAGUUGGUAUUGUUUCAUCCCUAGAGGAAUACAUGAUUACACUCUUGGAUGCUAGAUAGAAAGCAUGUGCCCAUGUAGAUGAAUAAAUUGUUGGAAUAAUCAGAAUUUGUUAUGGAAACAUUCCUUAUUUUAUUUUUGGUUUUUGUUGUUACUCUCUUCUGUUGAACACGACUCUUUAUAUGGGAAACAACAAUACUUUUAUUAAGGCACUU